UCCCGGCGACGAGUGCAGCUCUCAGUCAGUCUCAGUCGGUGAGUGUGUGUGAGUGUGUGUGUGUGCGGCUUCAUCGUGGAGAGACUGUACCGACACAACAAUGACGCACCGUAUCAUCGUUUUUAAUCCACACACUCUCAGGUGAAGCUGUGAGUGUGUGUGUGUGUGUUAAUGUGUGUGUGACACUGUGUGUGUGCGCGCGCGCAGUGAGAUGCUGAAAACAUGUUUCCUCGUCGAUACACUGAGAGCUGAGGAGCAGCAGCACAGAGGAAGAGGAGUAGGAGGAAGAGGAGAGGAGCAGCACGGUUACAGCAGGCUGUUGCAGUGAAGCAGCAUCAUGGAGGCUGGGUGCGUGGUUGCCGCGGUGAUUGAAAAUGCUGCUUCAGGACCCCGGGGGGAACCAGGAAGUGGUGACGUCCUUGAAGGAGACGCGCUGCCGUCGACUGACCUCGACAAAGACGGCAUCUCACCUCAACCCACCAGUGAUAAUAAUCCUUCAGAAAAGAGACAACAAGAGGAGACACACACUGCCAUGGCGAGGAGUGAUGACAUCAUCGCCGAGCAUCCUGCCGAGCCCCUCCUGCGCUCCUGCGUCAGCACGGCCAGCAUGAAGGUCAAGAACAUGAAGAAGCUGACGUUCCCCAGAGGACACUUUCCCAGGCUGGAGGAGUGCGCACACUUCCACUAUGAGACUGUUGACUUUGGCAACGUUCAGUUAGCCUUCGCAGACGGACAGAGUGAAGGACCAAAGGCCGGUCUGGACUCCAAAGAGCUGCUCUUCCUGAUUCAGAUCACCUGCCAGGGUCGGAACUGGCUGGUGAAGAGAUCCUACGAAGACUUUCGCGUGCUGGACAAACACCUUCAUCUGUGCAUCUACGACCGCCGUUACUCUCAGCUCGCCGAGCUGCUGCGAUACGAAACGUUCAAGGACGCCGUGGAGGUGCAGCGGAGCUUCUCAGUGACAAAGAUGUUGGCCACGUAUCUGUCCCGCUUCUCUGUCAUCGCCGACAACAAGAUCAACUGCGGUCCAGUGUUGACGUGGAUGGAGAUCGACAACAAAGGGAACCAUCUGCUCGUGACCGAGGAAGCUUCCAUCAACGUUCCCGCCAUCGCUGCCGCGCACGUCACCAAACGCUACACGGCCCAGGCCACAGACGAGCUGACCUUUGAGGUUGGGGACAUCGUGUCAGUGAUCGACAUGCCUCCUAAAGAAGACACAGGCUGGUGGAGAGGGAAGCAUGGCUUUCAGGUCGGUUUCUUCCCCUGCGACUGUGUGGAGCUGAUAAAUGACAAGAUUCCCCCAAGUGUUCAAAGCUCAGUGCCAAAGCCAGUGUGUAAGAAACACGGGAAGCUGGUGACGUUCCUGAGGUCGUUCAUGAAGUCUCGGCCGCCGCCGCAGAAGCUGAGGCAGCGCGGGAUCCUCAGGGAGCGAGUGUUCGGCUGCGACUUAGGGGAACAUCUGCACAACUCAGGACACGAGGUCCCACAGGUGGUGAAGAGUUGUGCUGAAUUCAUAGAGAAGCUUGGAGUUGUGGACGGAAUCUACAGAUUGUCUGGAAUCUCCUCCAAUAUCCAGAAACUAAGGCACGAGUUUGACUCUGAGCAGAUCCCGGACCUGAGCAGAGACGUCUUCAGACAGGACAUCCACUCAGUGGGUUCUCUGUGUAAACUGUACUUCAGAGAGCUGCCCAACCCGCUGCUCACCUACCAGCUCUACGACAGAUUCUCAGAGGCCGUGUCCGCAGCCACAGACGAGGAGAGGCUGGUCAAAAUCCACAACGUCAUCCAGCAGCUGCCGCCACCACAUUACAGGACUCUGGAGUUCCUCAUGAGACACCUCUCACGUCUGGCCACGUUCAGCUCCAUCACGAGCAUGCACACCAAAAACCUGGCCAUCGUCUGGGCUCCGAACCUCCUCAGGUCCAGACAGAUCGAGUCGGCCUGUUUCAGCGGCACGGCGGCGUUCAUGGAGGUGCGGAUCCAGUCGGUGGUGGUGGAGUUCAUCCUCAACAACACUGAGGCUCUGUUCAGUCCAAAACUCAACGCCAUCAUCAGAGAAAACACUGGUAACAACACCUUGUCGAGACCCAAGUCGCUGCUCAUUUGCUCCCCGUCUACCAAGCUGCUGUCGCUGGAGGAGGCUCAGGCUCGCACGCAGGCGCAGCUCGGCUCGCCGGCCACCACGCCGUGCCUCACCCACAGCGACUACAUUGAGGUCGGGGAGGGACCGGAGGCUCUGCUCGGCAAGUUCCACACUGUCAUCGAGCUCCCGAUGGAAAGUAGCAGCAGCAGCAGCAGCAGCAAGCGGCCUCCUGCUAAGGCUAAGAAGUCUCCCGUGGGGAACUGGCUGUCGUUUUUCCACCUGGGAAAGUCCCAUUCUUUGUCCAAGCGUAAACUGAAGCGACAUCCCAGCGAGCCUAACGAGAUAAAGAGCAUCGCACUGCCAGGUGGAAGAGGGGAUAGCGGCACACUGCGCUCUACCAAAAGUGAAGAAUCUCUCACCUCUCUGCACAACAUGGAAGGGGAACCUCCCAGUUACCGUCCCCUCAGACCUCGUUCCAUUAGCGAGGCCAUUUCUGCCAACGAUGACCUCCACAGAAGUGCCAAAAGUAAAAACGCCAGCAAAGCCCACGCGCCGAGCAAGAGCCUUCACGGUGCCGAUACCGGCCGCACUGCCGCGCCUACGUCACCUCCACACCAGGAGGACGAGCUCGAUCUUUGUCCGCCAGCUGCCGGCAUCUCCACGCUGGACUUUGACCCCAUGUCCUUCCAGUGCAGUCCUCUCGCAGCCACUCCAGGUCUGAAACACAACCGAGACGGGAGCAAAUUAAGAAAGAGUGCCGGUUGUUCCAGUGAAUCGGAGCCAAUUUCUUCCCUGAACAACAACAACAUCAGCUGCUUUCAGUCUCCAGAGAGCAGCCCGGUGCUCGGUAAAGUUGGGAAGAAGGUUCCCGCCAAGCAGCAGCAGCAGCAGCAGCAGCUCUCUCCUAAACUCAGGAAGAAGUCGUUCAAGACGCAAGCGGAUGUUCAGGCCGCGUCCACGUUCUCGCCACCUUUACCCUCGUCUUGUCCCCCGGUGGGGAAAGGGGAUGCUCCGUUAGCAGAGGCAAAAGGGACGAGAGUUUCCUACCAACACUGCAGUCCAAUCAGCACAGCGAGCCAGGCGUCAGCCCUGACCGACCUCAGCCAGUCUGCACAGAACCUGCCAGAUCCAGGAACAGAUAGACUUAUGAGUUCAGUGUCUGUUCUCCUUCCUCACCCUCCCUCGAUGAGCGCCGCACGCAAGUUGGCCCUGGCUCUGGCGGAAUCCGCCCACAAGGCGACCAGCGGCUCCCAAAGACGCAACAACAACCUCCCACCGCACCCCAUCCACCGACACGAGGCCUGUCAUGUGCAGGAGAGGCCGCCGCGUCCCUCUGUUCUCGAUAUCAAAGUCUACCCCGAGGAGUACAGCAGCCCCCGUGUCUCUCCGUCUGUUCCUCAGUGGCAAACGUCGGCGCAUGGCCCUGUGGAGAGCCUUUUCUGCCCUCACCCUGUCCACAUCCCCCCCGCACACUUCUGCACAGAGCAGGUCAUUGACGGACAGGAGAGCGCAGGUAAUUACACACCUAACGUCAGCCCGCUUGGAUCAGGGAGUCUGGAUGAAGGCAGAGAGGGAAGGCAGCUCAGAGAUGUCGUGCAGGGAGAACUCUCCUACCAGAGCGUCGGCGUUUCGACGCCCACUCAGCCAGUUUGCUUAGCUCAAAGCCCGACAACUUCCCCCGUGUAUGUGAACACCGACUCUACCAAUGUCUUCAACUUCCGUGCAGUUCUGGCAGAGACGUCCAUGCCUUCCUCCGUCGGCGAGGUUCUUCCUCGGCCUCUGCUGCUCUCCUCAAACCACAACUACAGCCCAGACAAGGACAGAUCUCUGGGUAUGGUUGAGGACUUCUACAGCAAUCAUCAUCAUCCUCAACAUUGGCCAGCUCAAGCAGGUCGAACGGCGACACCUCACUGCCCUCGGUUCGACGCUCUGCCGCAUCACCUUUCGGGGCCAAAGAGCAUGUACAGACACGCCUCUGAAAGCCACUACAACUCUUUAGGUUUGAGGCAACCCAUGUCGCCGCAGUACAUACGCUACCACAGAGACGAGCACCUCGUCAGCGGUGGCCACAGGCAACACGAGCAGUGGCAGGGGUCGGGGGGUCGUGCCGGGCAUCCGGCCAUCCGGAGGGCUCGCUCCUUCCACGCCCCGCAGAUCAGUCACUAUGAGCUGGCGGCGACGGAGGCGCUCCCUCCGGACACCGUGUUUUACAUCGAGCAGAAGCCGAGCAAAAAGGCUCCGUAUCAGCGGCUGAUUCACACCGGCGUUCACCCCGCAGCUCGGCUUCAGUUUGAGAACGCGCCCGCCGACCCCCGUUACGGCGCCUUCGCAGAGGUGGACCCGAUAGAAGCCACCCGCUAUUACGCAGAGCCCGGCUGGCAGAAAGCUCAACAACACAGUCAGGCCUCGUAUACCUCACACAGUGCGGCGGAUUACUACAACUACUCGCCACAGUGCGCCACUCCUGUGAACCGGGACACGAAUGUUUACGAAGCGAGGGACACUGACGCUUUUGAAGGAGUCCUAUCAUAUCAACCAGUCAAGCAGGAGAGCAAAUCCAGAUGUAAAAGCACGUAUCCUGCCACGUCUCCUUACGAGAGUCCCGUUUCACCGACGGACACGGGGAGCAGGGACAUAAUACACACGAGGAGCAAGUCCGACCCGGGAAACGCCUUCCUCCUCUCCACGGACGGGACGGAAAGCAAAAACUUCACUGUCGCUACGUCCCCGACGUCGCUGAUGCCACAACAGGCGGACGCCGCGGGCAACAGGCAGCUAGGCGGUGCAGAACCAGGACCGCCGCGGCGUAUUCACAUAAAAGAAAGCUCCUAUCGACAGCCGCCACUGCGCAAAGUCCCCUCGUUACCGGAGAGGGACGGUUCUAAUCUCAAGAGCACGGAGCACAAAGACAGAAGCCAUACGCGCAGCCGCGACCACGGCGGAUUAACGACGACCAACGCAAUCAACAGCUACUCUGGCGUCGUGAGACCCAGCAUCCUCAGGAGACCCGGGCGGUCGCAAAGCACCAGAGAAAAUCGACACUACUACCAUUACCACGCCAAAUCCCCGCAGGAUCCGGAACAUCUGGGGUCCUUUUCGUCUCAGCUCAACAGAAGGACUCAGAGCACUAAAGUCAGGCCCACGCAGUACGACCACGCGAAGGAGUAUUACGCCGCCGCGCCCAGACCCAAACCCACGAGAUCCGCUAAAGCCACGGGCGGCGUAUUUUUACCUGGCCAGGGCUGCGUGUCGCCGCACGGGCACAGACUGCUGUCCAAGGUUCUGGGCCAAGAGGGUUUGGUGAGAUCAGAGGCCGGGCUCUACGAGGGAUUCUGACCACUGUUUUUAUUUUUUAUCCGACCUGGGGCCAAAGGAGAACAGCACUUUAUCCUCUGCCAGACCAACAGACUGUUGUGUUGAAAGUGUGUGUGUUUUUACCUUCAGGAGCUGCUAAAUUAAGUGUGAAAUGAGGCCAGUGCUGGGGGAACCGCAUGGUCGCCGUGAGUGGCCGAGUUUUGCAGUUUUUUGAAGAAGCUGAAAAGG